CGGACUCUUCAUUAGGCACAACGUAAGCCAGCCCCCCUGAAGGGUUUGGUCGUUACUCCGUGUAUCACCAAGCCCUGAUAAACAUCCCGCCGCUGACCCCUGCAACAAAACGUCAGGACCCUUGAUCAUCCUACUCCCGACCUGAGACGAUGCUGCGUGAUGGAGAGCAGGAAACGUCAGGGUGAUGACGCGAUUGCCUGCGGCCUCAGGUUCCGAACCUCAACCCUGCUACAAGUCCUGUGGAAGAAGAGGCGAUCAACUUGGCAAAGUUUCAUGGAGCUGGCUGUGACUGUUGCAUUAUGUCCAGGUUCAUGAGAACCCCAUAGAGGCAGCAUCAGAUACCCCCAACCACGUCUCCAGCUACCAAGCUGUCAUCAGAGAACUGCAACAUAUCCAGGAAGUAUGUGCAACCUACGUUGAUGCUCGAAACAGUAAUGAAACGGCCACCGUCAAAGCCAGGUGCCCAGCGAAGCUGAGCCAUGCUGCUCUCCCUACUUGUCCUCUCCAUGGCCUCGCUGCCCUUCAUGCUGUUCUUGCAUUCCGCCAAGAUGCUCCAACCCAGUGUUGAGAACUGUAAACAAGUCAUUAAUCCAUCACACGCCUCGGCUCCCACCCUGAUAUUGCAUAUCUCACUCUGUAUGCCCUCUUCAACCCAGAUAUCUGUGAUACAUACGACUGGACAUAGCAGCACUUAUUUUCUUAUACAGCCGUUGCAGGGAACUUGGCCCGAAACAGAUCAAUUAUGAUCCAUUGGUGGACAAACCGGGAGAAUGAUACACGAUGACAGUCGAGAAAGAGCCAUAGAAAGCGUUUGCAUGGUGCGAAUGGGCCGCAAUAAGCUCCUUUUCUCGUACGAGGAGUCAGCGACGCUCCUAUCGCCGAUUUCAAUGAGUAACCGGCCCAGAUUCUCACAUAUGCCUGUUGAAGCAACCCAUUUUACUGUAUACAAGGAUCACGCCA